AGAGAGCUUUAAUUUCUUCUCAUCAAUGGAGAAGAACCGUAUCUGCAAGAUCUGCAACAGACGUUUCGCUAAUGGCAAAGCCAUGGGAGGACACAUGAGAUCUCACUUGGCAAAGCUUCCUCUUCCUCCAAAACCAAUCCCAUCUGAGGCUUCAAUCUUAAAAUCACCUUCACGAUCUUCAUCUUCUUCAUCCUUCAACUAUACAUCAUCUGAAAACCCCAUGCAAUCUUAUCGAUCUAUCAAUCAUGAGCUCCCUUUCAUGUCAAAAACUAAUCUUGCUGCUCUUCAGGAUGACGAGAGUGAGACAGAAUCGUCAAGGAACCCAACUCGCAGACGAUCCAAACGGAGCCGCAAACCGGUAGAGAAAGUGGCUGAAUCCGUCAUAAAAGUAGCCGAUUCAACUGAACAGGUAAGUUCUAUAUCUGAUAUUUCUAAUGAAGAGAGUGUAGCUAUGUGUCUUGUGAUGCUUUCAAGGGAUAAAUGGAGGAGGAAGAAAGAAGUGGAGGAGUACAUGGAAGAGGAGGCUGAGGCCGAGGAUGAAGAUGAGGAUGAUUAUGAAUCGAUUGGUGAGAUUCAGAGGCGAUCUAAAAAUAAAAUGAAGCAUAAGUGUGAAACGUGCCAAAGGAGUUUUCGGUCUUAUCAAGCCUUGGGGGGACACAAGGCAAGUCACAAGAAGAUCAAAAUUAAUCUCAGGGAUAAUGAAUAUGAAGAAGAGGAAGGUAGUGGGAGUGGUGGUAUUGACAGCAAAAAUGGUGUUUUGGGUGUUAAACCUAGAAUUUUUAAAUGCCCAUUUUGUGAUAAGGUGUUUGAGUCUGGUCAAGCUCUAGGUGGCCAUAAAAAGGUUCAUUUUUCCUAUCUAGGAAAUGCUAAAAUUUCAGUUAAAUCUUCUGACAAUUUGUUAGAUUUGAAUUUACCAGCUCCUGAAGACGAUGGUGAAGUUAGCCAAGCUGAGGUUUCAACAGUCUCUAAUAGGAAUGGCAAGUAGUGAAAAACACAGUUUUAAGGUCUCUCAUGGCAGUGGAUAAUUUGUUUAGCUUCUUCUUCUUCUUUUUUGUUUUUUUUUUUUUAACAGUUUGAUACAAUGGAUUGCAUCUCUUCUUCCCUUUGCAAGUUCCAGUUUCAACAUUUUCUCAAUCAAAAGGGGCAGAUAAUUCCAUUUGAUUAUAUAACUAAUGCUAUUAAAUAUUAAGAUUUUUGGAUUUUAAUUACAAUGGUGCUGCCACUGUUUGCUUCCCAAUCAAGCUGUUUGGAGCUAACUGUUUUCCCUAAUUUCACUGACCAGAAAAUUUCUAGAGGGAGAGGGGAAGCGAAUUAUGAGCUUUGUGUUUUUGUUUGGAUACUAGGAUUAGCUUCUACCUGGCAUCACCUGUAGUUUGCUUUUUAUUAGGUUUUGUACAGUUGGUGAACAAGUCAAGAAACGCAUUCCCUUCUUAUCUUCUCCAUUUUGGUUCCGGCUAGGGCUUGUGGAGUGCAACCACUCCCAACAAAACCCCAACAGCCAAUCAGCUAAUGCCAUUGCAUACAUUCAUGUUUAU